AUGUGGGUGGGCGAGGGGAGCUAUGGCCCCGACUGCGAGGAGGGGAAGGACUGCAGCGCUGACGUGAAUGGUCCAUGGGGCGGCGAGAUCUAUCACGAACGGAAUGGUCUAUGGAUGGAUCUUUCUGUGGCUUCUUCUGUGUGAGCAGGUGCGUCGUUUCUCGGCCGCACUCAGGAGAUCCAGGCCACUAAGCACACGAAUACGGCCGCGAACAAGCACGGUACACCCAGAUCUUUCUGUGCUGCACACGUGGUGCCCUCUCUCUGAGAAUAAUGCCUUUGUGUGCAGGUGCUGUGUUGGGUGCUGGUGAAUUGUCGGCAUUGCAGCAGCAGCUUCAGACCGGCAUCAAACUCAUCAGCGCCCCCAACGACUUGACCGCCUCAGCCAUGGCGACAAUCGACGACAUAGAAGACCACAUCCACGGCGCCACAGGUACACACCCACCCACCCACACACACACACGACCGACCGACCGACCGAUAUGUCUUUCUGUCUUGCUUUGCCCGGAUGAAUGGACGGGCGGCUGCAGCCGACGGAGACGCAUACGAUCAGCCUGUCCGUGCGGCCGUACAUGUGCAACAGGCGGCUGCCCGACGGGUAUAUGUGACACUGGACGGACGGGCAGUCUCACUGCAGACUUUUCAUCGUGACUCAUCUGCAUCUCCAUGUUGCUGAAGCACGCAUGAAGCCCUGCGCAGCAGAACGCAUCCAAACACCGUCCAGAAAGCCCAUAGACGUCGUGUGUCGCUGCUCACUGACCUCUGCGCUGAGCGGGAGCCGAGAGGCUGUCGUAGCGUUCGAGCAGCAUGGCGCCUGACACCGACUCAUCAGUCCCCUCCUCCUGCUUGACCGCGCUGUGGCGUGCUGCACUCGACGCGGAGGCAGACUGAAUGCCGCCAAUGGGCGGUUGUUGACCCACUGACGGAUCCCCAGACAUCUCUGCUGAAGCUGGGAAGUCAACAAAACUGGCGAUCGGCAAUAAGCUCGCCCACCUGCGUACGCGUGCCUGCCCCUGUGAGUCCACCCCCAGAACAAAACCUGCUGUGCUGCCCCAGGUUGAAAGCUUGAAGAUGGCGGCAGCAGCAGCGGCGGUGCCACCUCCGAUGGACGUGGUGAUGAGCCCGUCCCCGUCGGCUCCCGCGGCGCAGAAGGAGCGGGCGUCUGCGGAGGAUCUGUUUUUGAAGCUCAAGCAGCUGCAGCGGCAGCUGGAGUUCCUGAACAUCCAGGAGGAGUACAUCAAGGACGAGCAGAAGAACCUCAAGCGAGAGCUCAUCCGCGCCCAGGAGGAGAUCAAGCGCAUCCAGUCGGUGCCCCUCAUGAUAGGCCAGUUCCUCGAGAUGAUUGACGCCAACUACGGCAUCGUCUCCUCCACGGCGGGCAGCAACUACUACGUCCGCAUCCUCUCCACACUCAACCGGUCAGUCAGUGAGGGGAGUGAGUGGAGGGAGGGGCGAGGGGACAGACAGGCGGCGCUGGUCGGUGAGACGCCUGGCAGAUGUGUGUGGUGGUGGUUGUGUGGUUGUGGCUGUGUGCAGCGAGUUGCUGAAGCCCUCGUCGUCAGUGGCGCUGCACCGCCACUCGCACAGCGUGGUGGACAUUUUGCCGCCCGAGGCCGACUCGUCCAUCCAGAUGAUGCAGAUGACCGAAAGACCAGACGUCACCUACUCGGUAUGGCACCAUCCGCCAUGCACAAAGCACAAAGCAGACAGACAGAGGAAUGGGUGAUUGGUUGGCCCCUGUGUGUGAGUGGAGUGGUGUGUUGUGUUGUGUAGGACAUCGGCGGCAUGGACAUCCAGAAGCAGGAGAUCCGUGAGGCGGUGGAGCUGCCCCUGACCUGCCCGGAGCUCUACCAGCAGAUCGGCAUCGACCCGCCCACGUACGGGCUAUACAACACAUACCAUACAUGAAUGACAUACGCUCAGGGCAGGCGAAUCGUUGUCUCAUGCUGACUGACCAUUCUCUCCUCUCUCUCUGUACUGUGUGUCUGGUCUGCAGUGGCGUGCUUCUCUACGGCCCUCCGGGCACCGGAAAGACCAUGCUCGCCAAGGUCUGUCUGAUUGGCAGGCAGACAGGCAGACAGACAAGGAGACAGACACUCGCAAAUUAAUGCACCUACUUACUGUGCGUUGUUGAUUAUUCUGUGUGCAGGCUGUAGCGCAUCACACGACUGCGACGUUCAUCAACGUGGUGGGUUCCGAGUUCGUGCAGAAGUACCUGGGAGAGGGCCCCCGAAUGGUCCGGGACGUCUUCCGCCUGGCCCGCGAGAACAGCCCCGCCAUUGUCUUCAUCGACGAAGUCGACGCCAUCGCCACCAAGUCAGUCAGUCAGUCAGUCGAUACCGAUGGAUGUCCGGGUCGCGUCACGGGCCGGCAUGUCUGUGUCGUUCUCUGCGGUCUGUCUGCAGGCGUUUCGAUGCCCAGACCGGAGCUGACAGAGAGGUCAGUAGAGUGGGGGGGCAAGGCAAUCACUGGGAAGGUCUGUCGAGCACCCCAACCGCGUGUGUCUGUCCGUGUGUGUGUGUGUGUGUGUUCAGGUUCAGCGUAUUUUGCUGGAGUUGUUGAAUCAGAUGGACGGCUUCGACCAGACCACCACCGUCAAAGUCAUCAUGGCCACCAACCGACACGACACACUCGACCCCGCACUACUCAGACCUGGUGCAGUGCAGAGUCCAAGCAUCCAUCGCCCAAAGUCGAUGGAUUGAUCGGUGCGUGGCGUGCAAUGAAUGGUUGUCCGUCUUCUCUGCGUGUGUGCACAGGUCGUCUGGAUCGCAAGAUCGAGUUCCCGCUGCCGGACCGUCGCCAAAGGCGCCUCAUCUUCCAGACCAUCACCGGCAAGAUGAACCUGGCGGAAGAAGUCGAUCUCGAAGAACGUACGUACACACGCAAUCAAUGCACACAGACACAGCCGUACUCUCGUCCGUCUUUUGUUCAUUCAGUUGUGUCUCGUCCGGAGAAGAUUUCGGCUGCGGACAUUGCUGCCAUCUGCCAGGAGGCCGGCAUGCAGGCCGUGAGAAAGAACAGGUGACUGACUGACUGACUGACGCACACAAGAGAAAGGAGCUGCGUAUGUGGAUCCUGGCUGGUUUGUUGGCUGUGUGUGUGUUUGGUUAGGUACAUCAUACUGCACAAGGAUUUCGAGAACGGCUGGAAGGUGCACAUCAAGAAGCAAGACCGAGACUUCGACUUCUACGUCAUGUGAGGGACCGACAAGCAUUGUUUGUCUUUUCACUGACGGCCGCGCGAUACGUGGGGACGGACACAACGGUUCCGUAUGUGUACGCAAUCGAUAACAUUUGACGUACACAGACAUAUGGCCGGAUGAAUGCGGUCGACUCGGUCGCUGCAUGUACAUCCGCAGCUAGCGUGCUGGUCAAAAAACUGUGCCAAACUGCGUCAGGUCCGUCCGUAUACGUGUACGAGUGUCGGGUGUGU